AUGAGAGCGAAGUGCAACUCGGAACAUCCGAGAUGUCGUAUCUGUCUCAACAAUAUUACUGAUCGUGAAUCGCAUAUAUGUUCAAAUAUUACUCGCUGUGCACAGUGUGAUGAUGACCAUCACUCGUUAUCGAAUCUAUGUGGAAAAAUAGUUGAAUAUCGAGCUAUACUAAAGCAAGAGGUUGAUAAUGCGCUAUCAACAGGAAAAUUACAGAGAUUGAUACCACAAGAUCGUCAUCAACCUGUAAAAUUAAAGUUAAAUUCUAUCGAUUUUCCACCAUUAUCAUCUCCAUCAAAAGGAACUACUCCUUGGAGAUUAGCGUCAGCACAAUC